AAAAAAGUUGCUUGUUUGCUUUAUUUUAAAGCUUUUUUACACCUUUCUAUCUGUUUAUCAUGGAGAAACUUCUGCAGUGGGCUGUUCAAAACAGCGACAAAGAGGAAUUGCAGCGAACGGCCGAAGCAGUACGCAGCGGUAACGCCAAUAUCGAUCCCAAGAAAUUUGAUCCCGCCGUCAUCGAGGCCAUUCUCGGCAAAGACGAUGCCACGCGUAUGAAAGAGGCUCUUCAAUGUAUUUGCGAUCCGGAGGAUACAAUCGAAAACAAGGAAAUCGCGUUGGAUAAUUUUGAACUGUUGAUUGAAGGCAUCGAUAACGCGAAAAAUAUCGAGAAUAUGAAAUUAUGGCCACAGAUCAUUGGUCAGUUGGGUGCCAAAGAAGUAGAAGUACGCAAGGGUAUUGCGUGGAUCUGCGGUACUGCGGUCCAGAACAAUCCAGAAGCACAAAAAGCGUUCCUUAACAAUGGUGGUUUGGAGCCUUUAUUGAAUUUGUUAAAGAACAAGGAUGAAGAUAAAGAGGUGCGUUCCAAGGCGCAGUAUGCCAUCUCAGGUUUCUUGAAGCAUUUCCCCGAAGGCAUGACGGCAUUUAAAGAAUUGAAUGGUUUUGAUGCAUUUGUCGAUAUCGUGCAACGAGAUGAGGAUCCGGCAAUUGUACGAAAAGUGAUUUUCUUGUACAAUAUUUUGAUGCUUGACGACCGUGACUUGGCGAUUCUGCUUAUUCAGAAAGGAAGCAUGCAUGAUCUCGAUACGAUUAUUGCAAAGUACACGGAAGCCGACGACGAGGAUAUGGUCGAAAAGGCUUUGCGUGCGCUUUACACCAUGCUUAGCGAAUCCAAUACGCCCACGCCUCCCGAUGCCAAGAAACAUGCCCAGGAAGCGGCUUCCAAGUUUGGUCAAGCCAACUUGGGAUUGGACAAAUCCGAAUGGUCCUUGUUGGUCAAAUAAGGGAAACACUGCUUUGGUUUGCUAAAACGUGGUUAUCUUUUUUUUUCUUGGAUUUUUCAAUUGUACAUAAGAAUGUGAGUCAUACAAUCAAAUAAAAAAGCAUAGAGUAUAGUCCUCGUCAAAAGAUUCCGUGCGGAUAGAUAAGGCUAACUGUACAAUAAAAGAGAAACCAAUGUGCAAUUUUGUUA